ACUCCUCAUGCAACCACCCAAACCACCAACCCACCAUCAUAAAACAUAAACCAGAGAAUUGAUGACGGAGAUGGAGGGCAUAGAGCACAGAACAGUCCAAGUCAAUGGUAUAAACAUGCACAUAGCCGAGAAAGGCCAGGGCCCACUCAUCCUCUUCGUCCACGGCUUCCCCGAGCUCUGGUACUCCUGGAGCCACCAGAUCACAGCCCUCGCCUCCUUCGGUUACAGAGCCGUCGCGCCGGACCUCCGAGGCUUCGGCGACACCGACGCCCCCGAUUCCCCCACGAGCUACACCUGUCUCCACGUGGUCGGAGACCUCAUUGCCCUCCUCGACGCCAUAGCCCCCGACCAGGACAAGGUGUUCGUGGUGGGCCACGACUGGGGCGCUUACUUAGCUUGGUUCCUCUGCCUGUUCCGGCCCGACAGGGUCAAAGCCUUGGUCAACCUGAGCGUGGCUUUCAUGCCUAGAAACCCUCAGAGGAAGUUCAUUGAAUCUGUGAAAGCUGUUUAUGGGGAUGACUAUUACAUGUGCAGAUUUCAGGAGCCAGGAGUGAUGGAAGCUGAGUUUGCCAAACUUGGUACUGCAAGAGUUAUGAAGGAAUUUCUAACAUAUCGCAAUCCUGGUCCACUUUUCCUGCCUAAAGAUAAAAUGUUUGGACAUGCCCCAGAUGCUCCAAUCGUGUUGCCGAGUUGGUUGUCUGAGGAUGAAGUCAACUACUAUGCCAGCAAAUUUGAGAAGACAGGAUUCACUGGGGCCUUAAACUACUACAGAAACUUGGACCUAAAUUGGGAGCUCACUGCAGCAUGGACCGAGGUUCAAGUGAAAGUUCCAGUUAAGUUCAUUGUGGGAGACCAGGACCUAGUUUAUAAUUCUCUUCACGCCAAGGACUUCAUACACAAAGGUGGGUUCAAGAAAUAUGUGCCGCUUCUCGAAGAGGUAGUUGUAAUGGAAGGAGUUGCCCAUUUUAUCAACCAAGAAAGGCCUGAUGAAAUCAACAAACACAUUCAUGACUUCAUCCACAGAACAGUCCAAGUCAAUGGCAUAAACAUGCACAUAGCCGAGAAAGGCCAGGGUCCACUCAUCCUCUUCAUCCACGGCUUCCCUGAGCUCUGGUACUCCUGGCGCCACCAGAUCACAGCCCUGGCCUCCCUCGGCUAUAGAGCCGUGGCGCCGGAUCUCCGCGGCUUCGGCGACACGGACGCGCCUGAUUCGCCCACCAGCUACACCUGUCUCCACGUGAUCGGAGACCUCGUCGCCCUCCUGGACGCCAUAGCCCCCGACCAGGACAAGGUGUUCGUGGUGGGCCACGACUGGGGUGCGUUCAUUGCUUGGUACCUCUGCUUGUUCCGGCCGGAUCGGGUCAAAGCCUUGGUCAACAUGAGCGUGGCUUUCCUGCCUAGAAACCCUCAGAGGAAGAGCCUUGAAUCUCUAAAAGCUGUUUAUGGGGAUGACUAUUACAUCUGCAGAUUUCAGGAGCCAGGAGUGAUAGAAGCUGAGUUUGCCAAGAUUGGUACUGCAAGAGUUAUGAAGGAAUUUCUAACAUAUCGCAAUUCUGGUCCACUUUUCCUGCCUAAAGACAAAAUGUUUGGACAUCCCCUAGAUGCUCCAAUUGUCUUGCCGAGUUGGUUGUCUGAGGAUGAAGUCAACUACUAUGCCAGCAAAUUUGAGAAGACAGGAUUCACUGGGGGAAUAAACUACUACAGAAACUUGGACCUAAAUUGGGAACUCACUGCUGCAUGGACUGGGGCUCAAGUGAAAGUUCCAGUUAAGUUUAUUGUGGGGGACCAGGACCUAACUUAUAAUUCUGUGGGCACCAAGGACUUCAUACACAAAGGUGGGUUCAAGAAAUAUGUGCCUCUUCUGGAAGAGGUAGUUGUAAUGGAAGGAGUUGCCCAUUUUAUCAACCAAGAAAGGCCUGAUGAAAUCAACAAACACAUUCAUGACUUCAUCGCAAAAUUUCACUAAUUAGCUGUCUAUAUAUGUAUGUAUUUUGUAUGCUGCUGCUGCUGUUUCAAACUUUCUAUUAUGCGUUUCUGGAUCGCGUGACUUUUAAGUGCUUUUGUGUGACUUUGAAGUGUUGUGUUUUUUGAGAUGGUAAUAUAUAUCUCAUGUUCUUCUAGCCUA